AUGACCACAGCAUGCACGUCAAUAGAGCUGUGCUCAGUACCACUGCCUCUUCCGCAGUAUCAUCUGCUAGAGAUACCCAACGAGCUGCUUCACCUCUUUGAUCCUUCCGCCAAAACCAAGGAUGCAACCGAGUCCGCCUCGGAGCCAGCGAUAAAGAAGCGCAAGACUGGCGAUCCAACAAGACUGACAAUCAAGGGCAGAUACGAAGAUCAGGCUGUGCUCGUAGCCGACACGCAGACCCUGGCGCUACGAGCCGUGUCGCAGUCCAAUUCGUUGCUACUGUGCAACAUCGAUGCAGCACCUUGUGCAUCUGGCGAAGACGCGGGUCCCAGCAAAUCAGCACUCUACUUGCGCAGCAAUGUCACCGACACCUUGGAGCUCGCACCCGUCGUGCCCCGCUUGGAUCGUCUGCUAGGUCUGCUCAAAGCAUCCCAGUACGAAGGCGAAGAGGAGCAACAGAGACGUUCAACAGCCGCAAAGGCGAGGCCAGUGAGGAAGUACACGCUCAAGCAGCUCAAGAGCAUUGUCCAGGCAAGUCCCGCCGAGCUCGAGGCAGGAUUGGUCGUCCACCACGUGAUUGAGAUGGACGGCUACAUGCGACACAUUUCGCCUGCAUGGACCGUCUCGGCGCUGCAGAUGCUCAUCUCGCACCUCGACCUGCACGCGCUCAUCCCGGACAACGUGCCGCUCCAGGAAACCGUCGAGGCUCUCCACUCGGUGCACGGGUUACGGCCACAAGUCGUCACGGCUCUGCUGACCAAGUUCUUUGGCUCUCGCAACGCCACCGACCGGACCAGCGUUGCGCUAGACACGAAAGCGAUCGUCCACUUCCUCGGCGUACAGGCACUCAAGUCGACCGCACGCAUUGCCAUCCCUCUCAGCGACUUUACACGAACAUGGCAUGACUCGUGCCUCUCGCCUGACUUUUGCGCGCUCGCCCACCUGGACCUCCUCUCCGGCUACUACAUCCUCAAUCCUUCCCCAGCCGCCAAUGUCUCGCUCUACCCGAACCCGGCCUCCGUCAAGAUCCAGUUUUUCUCGAUGCACGAGCUGCCCACCGACCCAGCAGCGCGGUUCCAGGAUCUGUUCCUCACACGACCGUCGUGGCUCGCGGCUGAUCUGCUGCCGUUCAUCAACGACCUCGCACUCAACGAUAAGAAGAAGGACGCUCUGCUGUUGAAAUUCACACGUGCGAGCAAGACCAAGGUGCUCGACUGGGAGCUGAGCGAGGCCGACAAGAGGCAGUGGAACAAAGAGAAGAAGGUGGUUGGCGCUGAUGGGAAGGCCAAGAGCGUUUGGAGAGAUGUGGUUAUGUAUUCGGCUCGUGUCAAGUACUAG